AUUACGCGAGAAACGUUUCGGUACACUGCACGCGGCUGAUUCGAUUCUUAUUAUUUCGAUCGUUCCCUUAUUCUUUUUGAAAAUAUGUAAUGCGUUGUAUUCUAAUUAAACGCAGUGAAAAACAACUGUUAAAAAGGCGGUGGAUCAUAAAAUUUUCUCAAACUUGUGCAACUUGAUUCGAAGUUCUCGCGAAAACGAGAAACGCCAUGAAUUAUAAUAAGAAAGAUACGUUCAUAGAUUUUUGGAUUUCGAUUAAGAAAAAUGAAUGAGUUUUUGAUUAAUAAUUAAUAUGUUCUGAUUGAGUUACGAUAAUGCUCAGAACGGAACAAUACUGUGCACAAUGUCAAACUUUCGAAGUUUUCGCAAACUUCGAUAUUUUGCUGGACAACGAGGAUACUUAGUUAAUUUUAAGAUUCUUUUGAUAAUUUAAACGUGUAAGGAAGAUAAUGGUCAAGAGAGUGUUAAAUAAAGUGAACACAAUGGUCUUGGGAUGCAUUGGUAAAGUUUACGAACUUCGUCUUCCUCAAAUUUGGUGAAAAUUUUCGUUAUUUCUAUAGAUUGCAUAUGUAUAUAAUUAAUUACUGAAUGACAAAUUUUUAUGACAGCUGGUUCAUUAAGUAUUAAAUGAAGUUUAAUAUCUGUCGUUAAAUACUUUUAGUUGAAUUCUAAUGGAACUUUAUUUAAUGUUUACUUUUGUCAAUUGUAAAUUUGAUAAUAAAAUUCGAAUACUAUUUACAAAAAUUCUAACUAACCGAAACGCAGUAUAAUAACGUGGUAAUGAUAAAUUCAAGAAGUUUACAAUAUUAUUGUUGCACGUUUAAUCGAAACAUUUUUAAUUUCUACAAUUUUGAAUUCCACAGUGAUCAAUCGUAUUAAUCAUUUUUCAAUUAUUUCAAUAUGACAACACGGCAAUGACAAAUCGUAGAAAUUUACAAUAAUGUUAUCCCACGUUUAAUCGAAUCUUUCCUAAUUUAGAAAAUGGUGAAUUCCAUAGUGGUCAAUCACAAGAAUAAUUCUUCAAUCAUUUAAUUAUGCUACUCCUAACAACCGUCACAAAAUUGACAACUAACAAAAGCGCAAGACAACAAAUACUAUGAUAAAAAGCAAUAAAAAUUUACAAUAAUUUUUCACUAUUGAUCAAAGCUUUAUAAUAUCUAAAAUUUCAAAUACCAGAGAGAUCAGUCGUACAAAUCAAUUCUUUCACCUAAAUACACCGAUCCAAACAAUGUUCCCAAAGAUCGCGUACAAUCAGAGCACAAGAAUGACGCUGCUUGCAUAACAGACGGAUAGAACUUACAAAAUCGCCGAAACAUUUUGAACCGUGGGGGUUAGUAUGAAGCGGAGAAGAUCCCGAUGCUAAGGCGAUGCAUUGAGACACCGUAAAUUCCACGGAACAGUGAUCCGAACGUGUCAAACAGAGAUUACCAGUGCCGAGUGUGAUGACGUGCCAUAAAUGAUUCGCAUCAAUGAACCGUGGACCGACAACGUUUGCUUCUCACGAAGAUGGAGUACUGGAUGGCGAGCAACGAUACCGGCCACAAUGGCAGAGCAGAGGCCCUCGAGGAGGUCCUACAGGAUCCAGGAUCAGCGGUCCUCUUCGUCGGCUAUCCACGAUGGCUGUUACAUUUUGCCGCUGGGUGCUGUGUGCUUUUCAUGCUUGUCGGCAUCCCUGGCAACCUUUUCACUAUUAUUGCCCUUCUUCGGACUAAAAAGCUGAGAAACGCCACGGCGAUCUUCAUAAUGAAUCUUUCGGUUUCGGACUUGAUGUUCUGCUGCUUCAAUCUACCCCUCGCAACGUCGACAUUUUGGCAUAGUUCCUGGUAUCACGGGGCACUAUUAUGUCGACUGUUUCCCUUGAUGAGAUACGGUCUGGUAGCAGUCAGUCUGUUCACAAUCCUUGCAAUAACUAUCAAUCGUUACGUUAUGAUAGGUCAUCCUAGAUUGUAUCCCAAAUUCUAUAAACAGAAAUAUUUAGUGCCAAUGGUUUUGAGUAUCUGGUUCGUGGCUUUUGGUGUCCUCGUUGUCACGUGGUUCGAAAGCUGGGGACGUUUCGGAUUGGACAUCGCCAUUGGUUCUUGCUCGAUACUUCCGGAUGUACAUGGUCGAAGUCCCAAGGAAUUCCUUUUCGUAGUUGCUUUUUUAAUUCCCUGCGUUGCGAUUGUAGUCUGCUACGCUAGGAUCUUCUACAUUGUUCGGAAAGCGGCUUGGAAAAGUAGAAAACGAAAUCUGGUUGGUAAUACUGAUGCCAUUGAUGCGAAUCAUGAGCGCCGCUCGAUAUCCCCAAAACAACCAGAAGAAGAGCUUUCAGUCCUAGGCUCAAGUUGCACGCCCAGCGCCAUUUACUCGAACUUCUCUUCAAAGCGCACACUCGCCCCAUCGAAUCGCCUAAAUUACUCACGCACACCAUCAAGAUCUGCGAUCGGAGAAUCCGCGUCGGAAUUGCAAACCUCCUCCGACCAAGACCCAACCAAAGAAGAAGAAGACGACGAGGAAGAGGAGGACAGUUUAGUCUACAAAAUGGCCGCCGCGGAGGCGAGGGAGCUAAAGGAAAUGGCGGCCGAUGCGCCAACGCCGAGGAUCCCCGAAGUCUGUGAUAAAACUAACCCCGGUUUUGAAAUGAAAAUAGAUGAUAUACCGUACGUCGACGAGCGGGACGAUUUAGACGAGACCGGAGACGUUUUCUCGCGCACCGAUUGCGCCAUGAUAAACGAAUCGCCGGCAAAGGGUUCCGCGAACGCCCGAAAUAAGCUGGAAAGAAUGGCGAGCAGGGCGUCAUUCAUCAUCGAGUCAGCACUUUGGGUCCAGCGAUUGAAUUCGAAGGUAUCGACGGACUCCGAUCGAAUGGACAAACUGAAAUCCGAACGAUCCACCAAAGAAAAGUCGACGAGUGCCAGAAGAGAAUCGAAAUUCAAGAACGAAAGGAAAUUGAGGAACACGGAGAGUCCUCCUAGGAUGAGCAACAAAGACAAAAAGCUACUGAAAAUGAUCCUGGUGAUAUUCUCCUCUUUCUUAGUUUGCUAUUUGCCGAUCACCGUUACGAAGACCUUUAAGAACGCCAUUGAUUGGAGAGGGCUGAAUAUCGCUGGAUAUAUACUGAUUUAUUUAACGACUUGUAUAAACCCCGUGGUUUACGUGGUGAUGAGCUCCGAGUACAGAAGUGCUUACAAAAACGUGUUGCUUUGUAGAAACGAUCCAGCUACGAGGAUUGGAGCUAGGAAACUGUGAAGAUUGUGGACAGAGUUUUUAAUAUGCAGUGAUCGGAAGUGGAAACUUGGAGACUGAGAUAUUUUGAACGCUAUUUUGAAAUAUACAUGUGUCAUAUUUAAUGUACAGAUGAAAUGAUAGUUUUAAACGGAUAAUACAAUUUUGGCAAAUGUUCUUACUUGAAAAACAGCGAAGCAUACAAUGAAGUAUCUUGAUAUUGUAUUUUGAAUGAUGUAUUUCGAAUAUUGAUGGUAAGGAUAGGAUGAAGUAAGGAAUUGUAUUUGUAAAAGAUGAAACUGUGGAAUUAUUAUUGAAAUAUAAGUAAUCGUAUUCAUCGAUGGUAUUUAAUAGACGAAUUUGGACACAGGAGUUUAGAAAACAUCGUUUACUUAUGGUUUCAGUUAAUAUCCCCGUUACAAUUUACAAUAUGGUCACGCUUAAAAUUAAUAAAAUGAGAGCAACUAUACAGAAGAUGUUCCUAAAGAAUCUGCUAGGUAUCUAAACUUUACAGUUGUUAAUAAAUAUAAGUUAUCGGUAGGAACUUUUAUUUAUUAAUCAAUCAAUGAGAGUUUUUCGACGUAAUUUUAAAUGAUUGUCGAUAAAGUUCGUUUACGUAGUGUCUUUACAUUAACCUCGACUUAUCAAAUAUAUAAACGAUUUACAGGCUAACACAGUAUAUUUACAAAAUAA